AUGAUGCUCAACUCAGACACGGUGGAGCUGGACCUGCCUCCCACCCACUCCGAGACCGAGUCAGGCUUCAGCGACUGCGGGGGCGGGGCGGGCCCCGAUGGGGCUGGGCCUGGGGGUCCCGGAGGGGGCCAGGCCCGGGGCCUGGAGCCCGGAGAGCCCGGCCGGAAAGACCUGCAGCACCUGAGCCGGGAGGAGCGGCGGCGCCGGCGCCGGGCCACGGCCAAAUACCGCACGGCCCACGCCACGCGGGAGCGAAUCCGCGUGGAAGCCUUCAACCUGGCCUUCGCCGAGCUGCGCAAGCUGCUGCCCACGCUGCCCCCCGACAAGAAGCUGUCCAAGAUCGAGAUCCUGCGCCUGGCCAUCUGCUACAUCUCCUACCUGAACCACGUGCUGGACGUCUGA